AUUUACGCCUCAAAAACUUUCUUUGAUGUCGAACCGCGCCUAUAUCUCAUCUUUUUAUCACGUUUACGGUUCGUUAUAGCAAUUAUAAUUUUACCUUGAUCGUGACUGGUUGAGCUUAAAUCAGGUAGAUAAUCAGAAUUGUUUUGAAUCUCAAGCCGUACACUUUCAGCAGGAGACGACACCAGUUGCGAACUGUAAAUCUGAACACAGAUAUAAUCUUUCCAAUUAACUACAUACCUGCAGUACUCUCACGAUACACUUCACCACUCCUGCUCUGGCAAAGUUGCGUACUCCGUUCAGGUGCCUGUAAUAAAGAUGAAAAGCCAAAUAAUUAUUUGCGUUUUCAUCUUGUUUGUGAUCUCUGUGAUGGAUACAGUUGACAGUUCUUCAAUAACACAAGAAUUGAACGAAGGUACGAUCAUAAAUUCAUUUUAUUAAACUAAUGCCAUGAGGUUUGAAAAUAUAGAAAGUUCUUCGUUAAUUACAAGUGAGGUGAUAAGCUACGCAAUCCACUGAAACAGGAUCACAUUUCUCUGUUUGAAAUUUACUGAAACACCCUUUGGAUUAGUUUUAGGGAAGAGAAAAUCCGGCUAAUGGUGGAAUAUUCGAAAUUUUUUUUGUGGUAUAAAUUUUUAAUCAGAGAGUAAAACUGACGUGACUCCACCUAAUUCUACGAUUUCCCAUGUAAAGUUUUAAUUGAUUUUCAGUUCGAUAUCUUGACACAUUUUCUGGCUUCAGUCUACUUCUCUGUCAUUCAUUACAAAGUUUUUAUUCAAACAAAUUAAAAUUGCCGUCAUCAACGAGGGAUGCGUAGCCUGAUUCUGUAGACUAUAAAUUAGAGAUUGGAGUGGAGAUUCCUGUGAAAUCGAACAACUCAAAACAGAAAUGUAGCCUUCACAAAGUGCGUUGAUUAUGACCUGUGCUUCAACUUGGGGAUUCGAUGAUCGAGAAAAGAUAGAAAUUCAAAUUCGUGUUUUCUCCUUCAUCACAUAACUAAAUAGGAACAGCUUCAGCCAUGAUCAGGCAAUUCGCGAAUUAAAGUUACCCCACCGAUGUAGUUUUAAACUGGAGUAGUCGUUUGAUAUCACAAACGACCCUCACAACAGAGCAAGAGUUACUCAAUAAUUUAUGUCAAACCCUAUUGCGGCUUUUUCCGCUUAUCUUUCAGGGGAAAGUUGGCUGUCAAAACGUGGCAGAGGUGAGAUGUAACUUUGACCAUCUUCUUACUUAAUGUAAUAGACCUUGUCAUGGAAAGGUAAUGUCAGAAUGCGCUGAGGAAAAAAAGGGGCAGAGGGUGUAUAAAUCUAUCAGGAUAAGUAAUUUGCUCUCAGUUUCUUUGUAUGUGCUAAUGGAUUAACGGAGAUUUCUCUAAGGUAUGCUCACAACACCAUACUCCCCUAAAAUUCAUCUUAUUCCACUUAUUUGCUCGAUCAAAAAUUUAAAUGUGGAGAACUUAGAAAAAAAGAGAUCUGUAUUUAAAAAAGUACUAUAUAUUUGUCGACCACCAUGCUGAAUUCUCCAAGAUCAUCUUUCAGAAUAAAUGUUGGAGUGAUUGUGUGCACAAAUUGACAUUUUGCUAUCAUGAUCAAUUAUAGGAAAAGUUUGAACCGAUGAGGAUUUGUUUAUUUUUUUAAUCUACCUUUCGCAAAUUUAGUUCCCUGAUGCCAGAACUUGUUAAUAUCUCGAUCGAGUUCUAGAAAAGUUUAUCAUGAAUGUCAGUCGAGCGACUGCCUGGGUAAUCAUCCUGAAAAAUUCGUUAUUUUUCAGGAUUAUUUUUCUAAUAUUUGUCCGUAAUGUCUGGCAUCGCUGAGACCACUUUUUUUCCGAAAGAAGGUACCAGAAAAGAGAAAAAAAAAAAAAUGAAGCCCAGCCACUGGCCUAUCUAAGGGUGGGUUGCAAAUGGCUCUGUAUCUACGGAUCAGGGGUGGGGAGAGUAUUUUUUUUUUCUUAUUUGAGUAGGGGGUUCUCUUUUCGAAGAAAAUUGUACAGCGUGGUAGAGUUCUUUUUGGCCUUUGUUUUGUUUUUGUCCCACGAGUCAUAGUCAGGCUCGUGCUUUGUGACAGCUCAGUUAGUGGAUUAGAUCACUGUGGCUGUGGUUGGGAUGAGGGGAAUUUUGAAUUUUCAAAGUGACUUUAAGUUUGCUGUUUCCUUGAAAUGAUAUUAAAUUUUUAAGACAUGACCUUCAUAACCACUAAAGAGUUAUACAGAAUAAAUCUUACCUUUGUUCUCCACACACGUCAAAGAAACAGGAAAUUUCUCUUCGAGAAAUGAAGACUACUUGCCUUCCCAACCCAUGGCGAUGUUAUGGGAUCCAACAUCACUAAUGAAAACUGAUGAUCCAGAGCACAAUUCAGCUUACAGCUGCACAAACAUAAACUAUACAGUAACAUUGCUACUCUUCCUGAAUGGGAUUUUAGCCCUCCCCCCUCCACCAGCUCUAUAGUUAUUCAAGCUAAUGCUCAUGUUGACACACCUCUCUCAAGCAAGGCGAGCCUGAUUCUUUUUCUCUAAUUUUUACUCGCAAAUUAAACCUCUUAACCUCGUUCUAGGAUGAAAUAUGUGUUAUUUUAUACAAUUUCUAAAAGACAGGAAAGCUUAUUUACACUCACACACAAGGGCAACAUCUAAUCUUUGUUUUUUUUGAGGUGCGGGUUUUGGAGAUCACUGUACCUUAAGAUUUUCUCUAAAGUGGGUUCAAUGUUUCUCCACUGUUGUUCACUGCCUCCUUUACAAUAACAACAAAUAAAUAUGCAUUUGGUUAAAAUGAAAAUGGUAUGGAACGCUAUUUUGCCAAACGACGGCUAAAUGAUACUUUGUUUAAACAACCGACCCUCCUCCAGAGAAAAGUAAAUCAAUGACCCCUUUCAGGGCUCUCUCCCUCACCUUUCGAUUUAAAGUCUAAUGACCAUAGAGAAGCUACAGUCUCCCGCAACGAAAACUGUUUGUAUUAUCUGUUACAGAAUGUGACCUCAUACAUGUAGCUAACAGUGGACUGUGGAAUUAAUUAAAUUAACAAACGUUCCCAGAUCAUCUUCUUCCUUCGGGUUUAACGUAGCUGACUCGUGUGUUCUUUGUGUAAUUCAUUUUUAUUCCAUCCUAUCCCAUCACGACGGAAGGAGCGAAUUUAACGUUGUCGAUAUUUUUAAAACAUUUAUUUGCAGUAUGCCGAGAUCUUAAACCCAAAAGAUGUAAAGGGAAGCGAUUGAAGUGUCUUCACAAAAAUUCGAAGUACUCUCUUAUAAUUCGAAUGACAUGCCCCAAAACCUGUGGACGUUGUUCCUAAGGUAGGUAAAAUUACAGGCUUCUUACUUUAAAUAUAAUUGCCGUAUUAAACCUCAGAUAUAUGGAACGUGAUGCUGCGUUCUGCCGAUUUGCUGGUAGGUCACGUUAAUCUCGAGGUAUAAUGAACACAAAAUUAGGACUGUUAGAACUAAACACACUUUCAUCGAAAGUUUUUUUUCAUAACGCAAGGAGUUCUUGAAACAACACCAAAGUGCCAAAAAAUGUGCCUUUUAAGCUCAAGAGACUUACGGUGACUUUCCGAAUGAGGAAAAUGGUUUAUAAGAAGAAGGAAACCUUAAAAUCCAUAGCUCUCAAAACAAGAUGAAAUAAACAACCUUCCUUUUCAAUAAGCACAGCUUAAUUGUUUACUUUUUUUCUCACUCACCUGUUUCUACAUGGAACUUAAAAUGUGCAGGGAGCCGAUGAGGGAAUCGUAGUUAACUUAGCUUUCUGGUUCACAACUUAACGUUUCUAUUUUAAUAAUAAUAAAUAAUCUUUAUCAAUUGACAAUAUUGCAAAAUCAGGUAACUAUUGAAAUCUUUAUGACAUCCAUUUUAAGAUCACAUGUGAUCCUUACAAUCUGAUUGGCUCUCAUUGGUGCAAUUUAUUUACGAAUCGGACCAGUUUUUGUCCUAAAUAUCAUUUUUUCCCCAUGUGGAACCUCUACUAAAACACAACAACAAAUCAGAUUUCAAGGCUUGUUUAAAGUAACCUUCCAAGCUAGAGGAAAGCGAAAGACAACUUUUGCAACUGUUAACAAACCAGCUCAGUAUUGGACCACUUAAAUAUUUGUACAUGCUAAAAAGUCUUGUAUUUGAGGGAUUGAAUUUUGGAGUAUCAAAAUGGAUGUAAUAAAGUGGUAAUUGAACUUCGUGUUGUGCAAUUUUGGUCUGAAAUCAUACUUGUGAUUACAAUUAAACUCGCGCUGCGCGCUCGUUCAAUGUAGAAAUCACUUGUAGGAUUUCAGACCUAAUAAUACACGUGCAAAAAUUUCAUUGGCUGAGAACACGUCAAUUAAUCCUAAACAGUACAGAAAGUUGAAAUUAAACUGAUUGUCGGGUAACUCGCAGAAGAACAUCAAAACAAAAUGGCGGAUAGGACAGGAGAAAGUAAGAAGGGUUUAACUCAGAGUUUGAGGGAGAAUGCUAAAACAAAACCAAUCAACAAAGAAAAAACAAUUGGCUAAAAGUCUGGCUUCCAAAAGUGGAUAUCAAAGUAUGAACCAGAGGCCCUGAAAAAAAUUCUCGAGGAGUUUUACGCGACAGUUCGCACAAAAGACGGGGAAAUUUAGGAGCGUGAUAGCUUUCGUGUAAUGGUUACUGUUGUCGACCGAUAGUUAGCAGAGAAAGAAUACAGACGCUCAAUUAUUCUCGAGAGGGGUUUUAAAAGUUUAAAGCAGAUUCUUGGAGAAAAAGCCCGAUUACUCCGGCAACAAGGUAAAUCAAAGGCAAGUGGCCGAACUAGUGAGAUACGGCACGAAAUAAGGACAAAUAAAAAUAAAAACAGAGCCAUACUAUCAAUUAGUAAUCACGUGAUUUUUCUCGUCCGUAAAUCGCGGGAUAAAUCAGCACCCGUAAAAUUUUCAAAGACUUCUAAUACAGGCCCGUGCAAUUUGGUUAGCCAUUUAAAAAUUUACUCGUGCCUUUUAUCUUAAAUUGCACUCGACAUCUUGUGAUUACUUGUACAAAUUAUACUCCGCUCAGCUCAAUUACCAUCAUAAAUUAAUGGUGUUGAAUAAAUAGGACGUUGUUGAGAGGCUGGCAGGAGACAAAAAUCAAACACAUGCACGAAAGAGAGAAUUAGUCAAGAAAUGUUGAAGAAGGAUAGCCUACAAAAAACAUUGCAAAAUCUAGUGCCAGGAUACACAAUAGAAUUAGUUACCGUGACCUUGUCCCUUGCGUGUCCUUGAUGGGUUCGAGAUGAUUCUGGACCAUUGAAUAGUUUCGUGCAUGUUAAGUAUCUAUCAGAGCACCUCCAUAUAUAUAAGUGGCGUGAAAUGCCACUUGGUAUUAAUAAAUUUACUGACAAGGCCCGGGUCGCAAUGUGUAGCGCUUUUUUUGUGUGUUUAAGUCUGAAAAUCUGUCAACAAAAUAGCGUAAACUAAGUGCGACCAGGAGCCCAGGAAAAACUUACCAACCUGUUCGCCAAUUUUAAAGGACCCGAUGUCCUGCCUUGAAGGCAAAAUAAACAUUCAUGUUUUUUAACCAUUUAGCUGCCAUGAUAUGCAAGAUGUGUGUGGAUGAAAUUUGGAAAUUGCUCAAAAUUUUGCCACUUUUUGGUUUGCGAACUGAAAAAUCGGAAAAUAUUUGAAUUCGAUCUAGUGCGACCCGACACAAAGUCCGGUUUUAAUUAUUUGAUUCGCUACAAGUUAAAUGGACAAUUGACGAAAUAAUAAAUAUAACCAUUCCAUUUGUGUUCAGUUAACUUGGAUCUCUGCUUAGGGAAUGUUUUUCGGAGAAAGAAAUUGGGGAGUUUUAUUAUAUUACUUAUUUUUUAUACGGCUAAGAGAGAACAAGUUCAGACGGCCGUUAUGGCUAAUGAAAUUUUAUCUUAUCUUCAGAAACAGCCCAAGACUGCAAGAUUUUGAAAGAAGAAAGGGCGACCUGAAUGCUGCAUAUUUCUAAUCUAUAACCUCACUAAAGAAUUUGUUGUGUAAAAUUCCCACCUACUAUACUUUUAAUUUCAAAAUUAUUGAGUCAGGUACCGUCACAGAUUAUGCCACACGCAAUUUAUUAAAAUGCAUAUUAAACC